AUGGAUAGGUGGACGGCUGCUUUUUCACCUUCUUCAUUCAAAGGUCUCAUAGCUCCAAGUUGGAUUUUAAUGCCCAAUCUUCCUCUUCAAUGUUGGGAUGAAGUUAAUGUUUGUAGGAUAGCAUCCAUGGUGGGCACUCCUUACUUGAUCGAUGGGAACAUGUUCCAGUGGAGUAGAAGAGAAUUUGCAAGGGUUUGUGUGAGAGUCAAACUCGAUGAGAAAUUACCUUUGGGAGUAUGGGUGGAAGGUGAUUUGGGAAAAUUUUAUCAGAACAUAGAAUAUGAAAGAUUGUCUACCUUCUGCUUCAACUUUGGAAAGCUCAGUCAUCUAAAAGAGGAACGCUUGAAAAAAAUGUUACUAAUCAGUAUUAAGCAAAAUGGGGAAGCUCCAGUCAGUAAAGAGAAGUUGAAUUGUAGAGGAGCCAAGAAAAAAGGCUUCUCUCUACCUCAAGGAGGUGUGAAAGAUCACAAUGUUCUUUUUGUUGGGCUGUUGGAGGCUAAAAUGGUCUCUAUUAAGCAUAAAGAAGUGGAAUCAUUUAUUGGAACUGGUUGGGACUUAAGUUAUGUGCCUUCUGCUGGAUUGUCAGGAGGAAUUCUUAUGCUUUGGAGGAGUAGCUUGGCUAAUUUCAGCAUGAUAGAAUCUUCAUCCCAAUUCACUAUUGGUGAUUUGGAUAUACUUAACAAGGGGAAAUGGAGUAUUGCUACUAUUUAUGGAAGCAAAGAUGUCUAUAAUAGAAGAUUUCUUUGGGAUGGGUUAGAACUUCCUAUCACCAAUGAUUUGCCUAUGGUAAUUGGUGGAGACUUCAAUUGUCUUUUGUCUAAAGAAGAUAAGAAGGGUGGUAGGAUAUUUUCAUUUUCUUUGGGGCCCAAAGAGAUGAAAUCUUUCAUGGCGUCUAAUGAUCUUCAUGAGCUAGGAUUCGUUGGUCCUAGGCUAACUUGGAGCAACAACAAGAAAGGUGCAGAUAGGAUUAUGGAUAGAUUAGAUUGA